UAAGUACAAAAGAGUGCAUGGGGACACUACCUUGUUACAACUACCUAGUUGCAUCUUGGGGGGCUGCAACAAAUAGACAGCAAUACAGGCAAUUGCAACAAGUCCAUUGGUUUCACCAAUUUCUUGCGCUGAGCACCAUAAAACACAGAUGAUGUAACACUUGCACUUGCUUUGGUAGAAGUAGUAACACAAGCUAUUGUAGCAUUAAAAGCCUGAGAAAGAAACACUUGUCUCCUAGGUGGUAAAUUGGACAUAAUGGAAAUGCUGGUAAUCCCACUAUCCUGGGGCUGAUUACUACUAAUAUUAGUGGUGGUGGCAGUGGUGCAUGGCACUACUUCUGAUGGUGGAUUGGGAACACAACCCCUUCAAUUACCCUUUCUCAAUUUCUUACUCGUACUGAACAUCACAAUCCCCAUAAUAGGGAAUUGCUUUUUCCAACCAGUUAACAACUAAAAAAACAACAAAACAAUCAAACAAACUUUUAACAGCAGCAUAUUGGUGACAUAUUCUCACAAUAAGAUCAAUGACACAAUGUAAUCUCCUUUCUCCCGCUCAAAGUUGUUUCAAGUACCCCUGACAGUAACUAUCUAGCUAGAUACAGCAGUAAGUUAAAACUAGUCUCACACUAGAAUCAAAGACCCAAGCUACCCCCCACUCACACACAGACACGGCAAGAGCAAAGCACACAGUACUAAUGCUAGUCUAUCUUCCUCAAUAGCUGCAGUCAAAGUGUCUGGAAGUAUCCUGCUUAGAAGUAUAAUAUUUUUUACUGCUUCUUCUUUUUCCCUCUAUUGGUCAGUUGUCACUUGAUUUGUGAAUAAAAUGAACAUUUACUGGCUGCCACUAACCAAGAGAUGCAGCCUACAUAAUUGGGCAGUCCUCUUUUCCAUUUUGACAAACUAAACUAAACUAAAAUAGAAAAACAAUAUGGACCCUUUUUUUUCUGGUGCCAGGAAUGGCACUGUGAAUCAAGACCCAAAAUGAGUAUAUCUGGGUUUGCAUGAGUCAGUUCCCCAGAGAUUCUGGCAUGUGGUGGCUUGGAAUUCAGAUUUCCAAGUAUAGUUAUAUGCUGUGUAUAUGUUCAGUGAGCUACUUGCAACACACAGCAGCAUGUGAUGUCAUGUUUCCUUUUAUGUGGUACAACUAUAAACAGGAAUCACAUUAUGAACUAGAGUGACGUCAUCUGCAUGGUGAUGAAAACAAACAUACAUUUGAAAAAAUCCUACAGAAGAUUUUCUGUGAAACACAUCAUCCUUUAUAUAUCAAGAUUUGUUUUGUAUAAAAAUCGUGUUACAUUAGUACAUGCCCCUUCAUUAUGUGAUGGUCACAGUUCUCACCAUGACAUUCAGACGGCCAGACGUGAUCACCCCAGAAGUGUCCUGGGCCUGCUAAUAUGCCUCUAAGCUACAGCAGGUUCUGUUCUUUUGUAUAAGUUCUAUCCUUGCUAUUUCUGGCUAUUAGUGUCUGUAACACUAGGGGGCUGGACUUCCUCUGUGGCUGAUACCUGUGCUUCACCUGAGGCGGAUCGCUAAUCAUCUGGGUAUUUAAACACUGCCUUGUCCUGGGAACUUUAUAAGUUCUUUGAUUCUGGUGAUCGUGUGUUCCUGUUUUGUCUCCUGAUACUUGUUCUCCAGAUUGACCUUGGCUUUCCUUGUUUAUCCUGACCUCUGACUUUGGCUUAUCCUCGACGAUCCUUCUGCUUGUGUCCUUGUCUGUACUAUGAAUUGGAGCACCUUUCAUGCACAGCCCCUGUGCACAGAUUCACAGUCCUGGUGGUUUCUAACCUUAUCAUCUUGGACUGUGUAUAUCUGCAAGGGUGAGCACAAAUCUUUGCCACCUGAUGUAAGACCAUGACAGUGAUAUAUUAACGUCACCAAAUAUUUUUCUAAGCUAGAAAACAGUGGGAGAGGUAGUGGAAUUGCAGUUCAUCCAAAAAUGAAUCUCUGUUUUUUAUUUUUUUGUAAAUUGUAUAUAGACAAAAAAUAUUUUGUACAGUUAUAUUUUCCUUCUUUCUACAGCACUUAAAGUACCGUAUAUACGCGAGUAUAAGCCGACCCGAAUAUAAGCCGAGGCCCCUAAUUUUACCACAAAAUACUGAGAAAACGUAUUGACUCGAGUAUAAGCCUAGGGUGGGAAAUGCAGCAGCUACUGGUAAAUUUCUAAAUUAAAUUAGAUCCCAAUAAAAUUACAUUAAUUGGAUAUUUAUUUACAGUGUGUGUAUAGAAUGAAUGCAGAGUGUGUGUUUGUGUGUGUAUAUAAUGAAUGCAGAGUGUGUGUUUGUGUGUGUAUAUAUAAUGAAUGCAGUGUGUGUGUGUUUGUGUGUUGUGUGUGUGUAUAUAAUGCAGUGUGUCUAUAAUGCAGUGUGUGUGUUUGUGCAGUGUGUGUAAACUGGAUGAGGGGAGGGCAUUUUUAUUUAAAUUUUUUAAUUUUAUUAUAUUAUUUUAAUAUUAAUAUAGUAUUAUUUUAAUAAUAUUAUUAUUAUUUUAAUAUUUAAAAUAAGUCCUCAGUGGGAGAGUAAUAAUUGAGGGGAAGGGGGUCCCUACCUUUAAUAAUCCUAAAGGAAAACACAAUUAAAAAAGGACAGAUGGGAGAAAGGAGUUUAAAUGGUAAACCAUCUAGAGACAGUUACAGAAAACAGGUGUCUACUGUAGGAAAGAAAGACUACCUGGCAAAUUCUAAACCAAAAGGUUGAGCAUCAUGCGUCCUAAGUCUCAUAGGUAACCAAUCCAGGUAUAAAGUAAUAGCUAGAACACUGUGCCUAUAUAUAGAGGUGGAAAAAACCCUCUAUAGGAGAAGUAAAAAACUACCCCAAAUUUCCCAAAAACAGACUCCUAUCUGUAGAGAGCUUGCUCUAGUUACCUCGGCACUGUGUUGCCACAAGUGCCUACCCGGAUACCUAAUCCCUAUAAGUCCUAAAAGUUACAAAGAUUUAAACAGCUAAAUCCAUAAGUGCUACCAAAAAGAGGUGAACAAAAAGAAAAUUAAAUUAAAUAAAGUAAGCUCGACGCGCGUUUCGGCGUUUCAGCACGCCGUCGUCAGGAGCAAUAAACUUUUGGAGUUCCCUGUAUCCAUUUAAAUACCUUUUGUUGCAAUCAAUUAAAAUUGUAAGAUGCUGUAUGUGGUAUCCUGCCGUAAUUGUCAGUUCCUCAUUGGUCCGAUAUUUAGCCAAUGCCGUCCCUUAUCGGCCGCAUCACGUGACGUCGUGACGUAAAUGAAGGGGCGUGAUUCCGAGAUCGGGUGGGGCCCAUGUGGGUGCAGUAUGGGAAUGGUUAGACUGCAGAGUUCCUCAUACUCGAGAGGAGAACCCUCUAUUUGAAACCCGACGAAAUAAAGCACUCGUUUUAAGAGGUGUGACCAGAGCACAAAAUGAGUGUCAUAGGAGUGCUGUAGUUUACACUGAUAUGAGGAAACAAUAAACAGUUGCCUGGGUCCCUGGACCAUUAGUGUACAGAAGUCAAACAGCCAAAACGCUAAAUAACUACUGUACACUUCACUUAAAGUUUUAAGGGAUGAAAUUUAUAAAUCAACAAUUUAUUAUUAUCUCGCGAGACUUACACUGUGAGCGGAACGGAGCUGACCGAGGAGCUGCACGGAGGAGGAGGGAGCUGACAGGAGCUGCAGGAAG